AUGACAGGAGAAGCACUUCCAGGUCGGCCGGGAACGUUAACUCCAACGGAGGAGGAAAAACUUCGAGAGUUCUGGAUCGCGACACUCCAAGUCUUUGGAGUUAUACCGAAGGAGAGGGAUGAAAGCAAGGAGACUAGAAGCGCCAAGACGGAUUCAUCGGAUUCUAAGAAGCCAAAAAAGAAGAAAUUGUCGCUCUUCCGGAAAACCAAAGAGGAGGACCCUGAAAAGGUCAGUUCACCACAAAACGCCGAGGACGACAAAUACGGCCAAACGAAGGAGUUCCAGGAUGCGUUGUCAAAUAUGUCUCCCGAGUUGCUCCGCGCCACAUUCUGGGGCAUGGUGAAACACGAUCAUCCAGAUGCUCUUCUCCUGAGAUUUCUGAGAGCAAGAAAGUGGGAUGUCGACAAGGCAUUGGUGAUGAUGGUCUCUACUAUGAGAUGGAGAUCAACAGAAGUGCGUGUCGAUGAUGACAUCAUGAAGAACGGCGAGCUGGGCUACCUGGAAGAUUCAACUGGCACUGAUGCUGCGAAGAAAAAGUUGGGCCACGAUUUCCUUGCUCAGAUGCGCUUGGGGAAGAGUUUCUUGCACGGGUUGGAUAAAUCUGGGCGGCCAAUGUGCUUCGUCCGAGUGCGGCUGCACAAACAGGGAGAGCAUAGUGAGGAGAGUCUGGAAAAGUAUACAGUCUUCGUGAUAGAAUCUGCGCGUAUGAUCCUAUCUCCCCCUGUUGAUACUGCUGAUUAUGGUCCAGUGAAGUUCAUGAUCAAAUGCUUUGAGGCGAACUAUCCAGAAUCCUUAGGCGUUGUCCUUGUCCACAAGGCUCCAUGGAUUUUUCAGGGCAUUUGGAAAAUCAUCCGGGGGUGGUUGGAUCCUGUUGUAGCAAGUAAAGUUCAGUUCACAAACAGUAACGACGAGAUGGAGCAGUUCGUGCCCAGAUCUCAGAUCAUCAAGGAACUGGGCGGAGACGAAGAUUGGGAAUACAAAUACAUCGAGCCUGUACCAGGAGAGAAUGACAAGAUGAAAGAUACAGUAACCAGAGACAAGCUUCUCAAGGAACGCGAGACCUUAGUCGAUCAGUACGAAAAGUCCACUCUGGACUGGAUCAAUGGAGAGGGCGAUGCGGUGUUGGUCAAGGAAACGAGGAAUAAGCUGGCCGCAGCUUUGAGGGACGACUACUGGAGACUUGAUCCUUAUCUACGUGCUAGGACAAUUUAUGACCGGGUUGGAAUGAUUCAAGGAGGUGGAAUUCUGCAGUUCUACCCCGACAAAGCAGAGGCACCUACGAACGGAAAUAAGCCUACAGAAACGUCUGCUGCUGAUCUGGACUAA